AUGGGCACCAUCAGUGAUGAGAGGCCUGAAGCUCCUGGAACGACUGAGCAUCUUUGCAGAUGGAUACAUCAUCUGCAAUUUGACGACGUCCCAGAAGACAUCCGGACCCGUGCCAAACAUCUCAUCCUUGACGGUCUCGCCUGCGCCAUAGUUGGCGCGUAUAUGCCAUGGUCUGAACACGCUGCUAGUAGUAUGCAGGCUUUUGAGCCAAAUGGUAAUGCUACCAUAUUUGGACAUCCAUAUAAAUUGGGCCCCCUGGCCGCCGCCCUCCUUAACGGCGCCUUCAUUCAAGCCUGCGAACUGGACGACUACCACCAUGAAGCCCCCCUCCAUUCAGCAUCCGUCAUCCUCCCCACUCUUUUCGCCGCCUCAGAAUCUCAAAGUCAUGCCCGGCCUCCAGCACCCGUAACUGGCAGCACGUUCCUCCUUGCGAGUAUUGUCGGUUUCGAAGUCGGGCCGCGCGCCGGCCGCGCCCUUUACGGUACGGAACUUCUUUCCAUGGGCUGGCACUGCGGUACAGUAUUCGGGCACCCAGCCUCUGCGGCCGCAGCGUCGAAAUUGUUUGCUCUGAGCGCCAGGCAAACUGAGGAUGCGGUUGGCAUCGCGUGCACGCAGGCGUGUGGGCUGAUGUCUGCGCAGUAUGAAGGUAUGAUUAAGCGCAUGCAGCAUGGAUUCGCGGCGCGUAAUGGACUUCUCGGGGCAUUCUUAGCCAAAGGCGGCUACGAAGGAAUCAGGAAGGUAUUUGAGAGGCCGUAUGGUGGGUUCUUGACAAUGUUCAGCAAGGGAAAUAGUAGGACGCCUGCGUACAUGGUUGAGGAGGUCACGAAGGGAUUGGGCACGACGUGGGAUACAGCUGAGGUGCGGAUCAAGACUCAUGCUUGUGUUGGCGGAGCUUAUGGUCUUGUCGAAUGUAUUGAGAAGAUGCAGAAAGAGAAACCGGAAGAGCUCAAAGACUUGCAAGCUAUUAAAGGAAUCAGACUCGAGCUAUCGAAGCCGCUGAUAGGGCACUGUGGUUGGACCGCCACAAGACCUAUGACUGCCACCGGCGCGCAGAUGAACGCCAACUACAUUGCGGCGGUUCAACUUGUGGACCAAGAGGUUCUCUUGGAACAAUUCGAAGAGAGCAAGCUCGACCGAGAUGAGGUAUGGGAAUUGGUUGAGAAGACUGUAUGCGUGCACAAUGAGAGGUUUGAUCGACUGAGUUAUGAGAUGGGGGCGGUCGUUACGAUCGAGUUCAAAGAUGACAGACUAAGUUUGCAGAAGGUGGUCGAAAAACCGAGAGGAAUAGAUCCUCCCAUUGCAAAUGAAGAAAUCGUGGAGAAGUACAGGAGACUCACAGCUAAUCUCCUACCCAGAGAUAGGCAGAUUGCGAUUGAGAAGACAGUGUUAAAUUUGGAGAAGCUCGACAACGUUAUCACGUUGACUAGUCUCCUUUCACAGCCAUUCAAGCUUGAUCACUCGGUACGACCCAAAAUCUAA